AUGAAGGACUUUAGGCUCAGGUUGUGUAUAAUAAGGUCUGGUGAUUGGGUCUCUCGCUGGCAUUUACCGGGGUUCAUUGUGCCUCGGACUCAAAAGCUCUGGCUCUCAUUCUCGGAGAUUCAACGGGUGUGUCCCCGCUUGGCCAUCCUGCAGGCGCUGCUUCAGGCACACGAUGUGGUGGCGCACGAGGUGUACGGCGACGAGGCCAUCCGCGUGACGCCGCCCCCUCUACUGCCCUACCUCAACGGCGGCGACGACGUCGACCCCGCCAACGGCGACGUAGACAUGGAGAACAUCACCAGGGUCAGACUCGUGCAGUUCCAGAAGAACUCUGACGAGCCCAUGGGCAUCACGCUCAAGAUGAACGAGGAGGGGCGGUGCAUCGUGGCGCGUAUUAUGCAUGGGGGGAUGAUCCACCGGCAGGCCACCCUACACGUGGGCGACGAGAUCCGGGAGAUCAAUGGUGUGCCCGUAGCCAACCAGAGUGUCGACAUCCUGCAGAAGAUGCUGAGAGAGGCCCGCGGCUCCGUUACCUUCAAGAUCGUCCCCUCCUACCGCAGUGCCCCGCCCCCUUGCGAGAUCUAUGUUCGCGCCCAAUUCGACUAUGAUCCUCUUGAGGAUGACUUGAUUCCCUGUGCACAAGCAGGGAUUGCCUUUAAGACCGGAGAUAUUCUGCAGAUAAUAUCCAAGGAUGAUCAUAAUUGGUGGCAGGCGAAAAAGGAUCCAAAUGGUACUGCUGGGCUGAUUCCGUCACCUGAACUUCAAGAGUGGCGAACUGCUUGCCUUGCUAUGGAGAAGAGUAAGCGUGACCAAGUUAAUUGCUCAUUCUUUGGUCGGAAGAAGAAGCAGCACAAAGACAAGUAUCUUGCUAAACACAAUGCUGUUUUUGACCAGCUUGACCUUGUCACUUAUGAAGAAGUCAUAAAACUGCCAUCAUUUCGACGGAAGACACUGGUGCCAGUGCAUGAUGGUGUUGGGAGGCUACACAUCAAGAACACCCUCAUAGCCUCACAUCCAGACAAAUAUGCUUAUUGUGUUACAGAUACUACCCGAAGUCCACGAAAAGAUGAAGAAAAUGGAAAGAAUUACUACUUUGUGUCUCAUGAUGAAAUGAUGGCAGAUAUUGCAGCAAAUGAGUAUUUGGAAUAUGGUACUCAUGAAGAUGCAAUGUAUGGCACAAAACUGGAAACUAUUCGUAAGAUUCAUGGUGAAGGUCGUAUGGCAAUCUUAGACGUUGAACCACAGGCUCUCAAGAUCCUGCGUACCGCUGAAUUUGCACCGUAUGUUGUAUUCAUCGCUGCUCCUUCUCUUCAAAAUAUGACUGAUUACGAUGGAAGUUUAGAACGGCUGGCAAAGGAAUCGGACAUGCUCAAGCAGUUAUAUGGUCAUUUCUUUGAUCUGACCAUAGUGAAUAAUGACAUCGAAGAAACAAUCCGACAACUGGAAAAAUCUAUUGAAACUAUGAAUAUGACACCGCAGUGGGUGCCUGUGUCAUGGGUUUACUGACAGACCGCCCCUCCCCGAGACAGUCCCUCUGACUGCUAUUGCUGUGGAACAUCAAGGAGCAAAGAGGCUAACAGACGAGCCCACCAACACCAUAGAAGGUGAUCCAGUGGAGCAUAGAACCACACAACCAUGACCAGAGUGC